AUGAACUCCCAUGUGGAACCUCGGGGUCCAACCGAACGAGCCCCCGUCCCACACCGAUCCUCGGCGCCACGGGUGCGGCUCAGCUGCGAGGCCUGUCGCCAGCGCAAAGUGAAAUGUGACAAAUUGAGCCCGUGUACCAGCUGUCAGCGGCUGGGGUUUGUCUGCGUGCCGGUCGAGCGGGCGCGACUCCCCCGCGGCCGGGCGAGAAGGAGUGCGGAGAAGGCAUUCGGGUCGGACAAGGAGCUUGCAGACCGUGUCGCAAAACUCGAGAAGCUGCUCAAGACGGUCGCCAAUGAGCGCGACAGUGACUCUGGCCAUGGAGUGCCCCCGUCGGUUGCUCCGUCCGAUUCCAUUCCAGAACACCCUCCUGCACCGGAGAUUCAGACCCAAACGGCCUAUGUCGAGUCCCGGAAGGAUCAGACUGCCAUGUAUAGUGUCAGUCUACCGUAUCGCCCUCGUCCCCGUCCGCCUACAGCAUAUAUGGGCAGCUCUUUUUGGGAGGAUAUUAUGCAGCAGACCCAAGAGCUUCGCACCGUGCUAGAUGACCGUCUCGAGAACGCACAGCCUGAUUUCAGUGACCCUUCUGGCUUUGGUCAUUCCUUGGUUAGCUCAGAAAGCCCAGAAAGCACAACUAACUCGCCCCAAUCCAAUCGAGGAAUUACUUUAUUGCCAUCAAUGCGCUCGAAGUUGUGCGAUAUCUACUUGCAUAAUGUUGAUCCUCUGUUCAAGAUUCUGCAUGGGCCGUCACUAAGUGCAUUUUUGCGAGAUGGCAGGCCCUAUCUUGACUAUGAACCUGAACACCAGGCCCCUGCCACCCUCGCUUCCGCCGUUUAUUGUGCUGCAGUGUGUACCCUCAGUGAGGAAGAGUGCUUGUCUCUCUUUGCUAUGGAGAAGAGGACGGUCGUUGCGGAUUUCCAACGAGAAACGGAGGCUGCGCUGGCGAGGGCGGAUUUCGUGACCACCAACGACGUGACCGUUCUGCAGGCGUAUGUACUCUCAUUGCUCGCUGCCCGUUCGCAAGAUCAAAGCCGACGAGUAUGGACCAUGCUGAGCAUGGCGCUCCGAGUCGGACAGGCUUUAUCGCUUCACAUACCCGAUCCACCAUUUUUCGUCCCGCCGUUUGACCUGGAGAUACGCAAGCGCGUCUGGCUCGGCAUUGGCAUGUUGGACGUGGCGGCCUCGCUCGACAGGGCCUCCGAGCCGAUGAUGCAAUCGGCGUGGCUGGAAUCACAUUCCCCAGCCAAUAUCAACGACGAGGACAUCUGGUUUGGGAUGGAUGGUCCGAUCCCAGAACACAAGGAAGGCACAUUCACAGAUAUGUCACAUACGCUGGUGAUUGCCGCGUCGCAAUCGGUUACCCGAUCCAUCGCCUUUGCAGAUUUUAUCGAGCCCUCGGUCGGGGGAAUGGGCUUGCGGCAGCAGCUGGUGCAAGACUUCCAGCAAACAGCGCUGAGCCUUCUCAGUGGCUGCGAGCCAGAAGUUUCGGCCUUCCAAUGGUUCGCGAAAAAGUCCGCUGGCAUCAUGAGCAGCUGGCUGCAGCUGGUCUGUCUGCGGCCUCUGCAACGAAGCAAAAGCUUCACUCCGCCGGCCAUCCAGGGCGAUGCGCUCCUCCGCCUGGCAGCUGAUAACCUGCAGUGGUCGCAGGAAGUCUACACGCAUCCGGCCACGACUCCCUGGCAGUGGUUCGGCUGCAUGUGGGUUCCGUGGCACGGGCUGGCCGUCGCCAUCGCUGAGCUGUGUGUCUGCAAGGACCCGCUGAUCAUGUCCAAGUACUGGGCCCUGAUCGAGUCGGUGUAUCAGCGCUCCCGGUUCCUGAUAGCAGACUCGCAGCACGGAAUGUUGUGGAAGCCCAUGGAGAAACUAAUGACCCAAGCUCGUACUCGCAAGAGAGAGUUACUAGGCCCGGACCCGGACCCACUAGUCCCCAAGCCGACCUUCCCCCAGUUCCCCUACAGCGUAGCCACUGAAUCUACUCCUGGCGUGCCUCAAGUCCAGUCGACCCCGGCAGAAUUCUCCUCAUUGGGUUUGGAAACGACUGCCGCUCCGCCUCUCGACCCUGCUACCACCAUGCCUCCAUUGCCGCCUUUCUCUGUGCCGGAUUCCUGGCCGAAUGUGUGGGAUGCCAUGGACCUGAGCACGUCGGGACUCCAGCCGUCUGGCGAUACUGCAUGGCUGAACUAUGAGAACUUCAUUGGAGAUGUAUAUAACAGCGUUGAUUCUAUGUUUUUGCCGCGUUGA